ACUUUAGUGCGUAGGCGAACUAGAGCCAUAACUACGUAUUUGGAUGGUACCAUGCCACCCCCAGGUCCCCAUAACUAUGAUAUGCCGGAAAGUCUGGACUUUAAGGCUGACAACAAGCUGAAGUCUAUACUGAGUACAGUAGAGAAGUUGAAAGAGUUUAAGAAAUGCACGAAGGAUUAUUUGUCCAGUAGUCAGAAGUUGGGCUCUUCAAUACAAGCGCAUGCUCAAUUGGCGAAGUCGUGGGCCGAGAGCCUUCAGAGGAUCUCAAUGUUACAUUCUGAAGAUUUGGGUAUUGCGCUGGGAAAGAUGAGCGGUCAACAGUUGCUGUUGAUGGAGAAGCUGGAGGAAACCAGCAAAGUUAUUUUUGAGGAGAUAGUAGAACAAAUAGAGACGUCUUUGGAUUCCAUAUCACGCGAGACAGACUCUUUUUUGAACGAGCUGAAAGAGAACCGGAAUCAACUGAACAGCGAGCUCAAGAAAAUGAGCAGUGGUUUGAAAAAGGCCGCCAGAAAGGGUGAUCAGGAGUUGAAAUUGGCAAUGAAAGAUUAUAACAGCAAACGCGAAGAGACAGAUCGCUUCAAAUCUGAGUAUCUGAAAAAAAUUUUCUUGAUGGAAAGAAAAAAGUUUGGAGAAGUGAUGAAAGGCGUCGUGUUGCUUAUGGAUAAGCAAGCAGAUUAUUCAAGACUCUGCCUGUCUUUCGAGAACGAAUCAAAACAAUUCAAACAGUUGUUGAAUACGUUAGAUGAGCUACCAGAUAGUCAGGUCGAGGCUAUAAGGAUCAGAACUGAGAAUAGUUUGACGCAACUUUUAUCUAACUCUGAUUCAGAAGAAACCUUAUUUUCACAACCGCCGUCUGGUGUACCACAGCCACCGUCUGGUGUACCACAACCGCCGUCUGGUGUACCACAACCGCCGUCUGGUGUACCACAGCCACCGUCUGGUGUACCACAGCCACCGUCUGGUGUACCACAGCCACCGUCUGGUGUACCACAACCGCCGUCUGGUGUACCACAGCCACCGUCUGGUGUACCACAGCCACCGUCUGGUGUACCACAGCCACCGUCUGGUGUACCACAGCCACCGUCUGGUGUACCACAGCCACCGUCUGGUGUACCACAGCCACCGUCUGGUGUACCACAGCCACCGUCUGGUGUACCACAACCGCCGUCCGGUGUACCACAACCGCCGUCUGGCGUACCGAAGGCUCCAAGCGGCGUACCACAACCACCGUCUGGCGUACCGAAGGCUCCAAGCGGCGUACCACAACCACCGUCUGGCGUACCGAAGGUUCCAAGUGGUGUACCGAAGGGGCCAGGUGGUGUGCCGCCCCCCCUUUCCGGCGCUCCCAAAGCACCACCCUCUUCUGCACCGUCGAUGUCCUCCUCUGUGCCUCCCAUGCCUUCCGGUGUUCCCAAGGCGCCUCCCCCUCCGCGAUAGUUGCUUCGCGUCCUCGGAUUUCUAUUCAGUAGCCGGGUUGACACCACGCUAUCUACUCUGAGCUCGUACGCUUCGGCAUCACGUGGGAAAAAAAAUCAGAUAUUGUUGCUUCACAGCCAAGCCACCCAUGGCAUUUUGUACGCUUCUCGUCUCUCGAGACGCACUGACAUAUCGCACUUUGCCACAAAUAAACAUUCUGUGUCCUGUGUGUUGGGACAUAUUGUGUAAAUUACCUCUGUCAGAGACUGGAGGGACACACCCUCCCUCAUGUGCGCACGCGCUCACAUCUCUCCCUUCGAGGCGGCCAGAGUGAGCCAGUCACGAGACUUUCUAUAAAUGGGAUAUGUACUGUGACCGAGGCAGAAAUCCCCGGGCGGUGUCUGCAGUUUAUUGCUGAUCUUGACGACGCUCGCACCUGGGUCCGAUCCUCUGUGAAGUCUUUCGGCGUUGAGUGCUCUUCUUGCGCACCGGAUACCGCGGCGGCGGCACCCUUUGGAAAGAGAUGGAAUCUGGGCAAAAUCCUUUUUUUUCCCCGCCGUGCUUCAAUUUGUCUCAUCUCGGGUUGCGGGAUUACCAAUCCGUCCGGGAGGGAGGGACUCCCACUUGUGAUGAGGAGUCGUCGCGCUUCAAUCUGUCCUAUCUCGGUUGCGGGCUACCGGUUCGUUCAAGAAGGGAGAAACCCUCCAUUUAUGACGAAUGGCCAGCGGAACGCCCACAAGCCUCCCGUGUGAGACAGCGACCUCGAUCACGCACCGACUCCAAUAUCGUACUCGACUUCAGGGGUGCGUAGCUCCUGUCAACCCGUGCUUCCAUGUUUGGAUUAUGCGAAUUUGACCAAGUUCAGCUGCACGUGUCGGAGGUGGUUCGACGGCGCCGAUUAGAAAACAAGGUCGCUCAUUCUUGGGGAUUUUUCAGAUGAGAAGGUAACGUUGGCAGUUUUAAAAAGGAAGAGAGAAGAAACCGCGGGGCUCGCGCAUCGAAGCCUCUCGUCUAGACAGACCCUUCCUCUGAAGUCAGUCCCCGUGCUCACCGCGUUUUCCCAAAACCGCCUCGCCGCAGCUCGCCCUGCCAGAGCAAGUGAACCCGUACAAGUGCUGCUGACGUGUGUAUGGAGGGGGCGUAUGGCGUAUGUAUGCUACGCGGCUCGAGGGGAGGAGGGCGUGGGCAAGACGGUGUGGAGGACCUCAGGUUCAUCUCUUGGCGCGCGUAGAGUAUGACGUGAAUGGCCCGAGUGGCCUCGCUUCACUGGCCUGAAAAAAAGUUGCCUUGUCAGGCGAAGGGCUCUCGUAGCCUCGGAGAUCCCUCCCUCUCCAACGUGUGCGCGUCUCUCUCGCGGUCCCCGAGAGCCCGAAGACUCCUCGCAGAAGGGUGGCGACAUGAAGUGUGAAAGGUGCACCCUUCGGUUCCGCGCGCGAAGCACCUCCUGUCCGCGAAGAUGCGCUCUUCCGGCAACCCACGGAGUCCGUCCCGUUCGCGUCCGGUAUUUUUCUCCUGGUCCAGGGGGGGAUGCGUCUGCUCGCCUCGUUCCCGAGAGCUGUACUUCUUUUUUUUUUUUUAGCUUAUUAUACACAAAAGAGACCUUGCAUGUGUCAUGCCCCCUUACUCGCGCUCCAGGCGGCGGACCUCCCUCGAGAACGGGGAGAUGGAAGGCACGGCUGUCCUGAGCGCAUCGUACGACGUGCGGGUGCGUGGGUCCUCGGUGAAUUCGACAGUCGUCCCUUGACAGCGCCGGAUAAAAUGGUUUCAGACAGCCUGCUUUUUUGUCCCGCGUUAUAGACAUUACGGAUGUGCCACGCUUCCCUGUCUUGCCUUUCGCUCCGCGGCGCUGGCGUGUGGGUUCCGCCUCGGCCGGAAACCCGCGCGCCUUCUCACUCUUUCGACGGGGGAGCGACGGCCGCCCGUAUCACGUGGCUUUCUUCCGCCGCCUCCUCUGAGCGCUCGAGCUCGCCGGAGCGUCGCUGGACCCGUAUACAGCAUCCGCGGGCGCUU